AUGAAGUUGAGACAGGAAUCAGGUUUGAGAAAAACGGACUUUUGCGCAAUCAGCGUACUCGGCAAUGCCUGUGCUCGACCAGUACCGUCUGUCAGUUAUUGGGCAGAUGUCCAUGGCGUGCAUUCGGGCGACUUCAGCAGACGGUACCGGAUUUCUAACCUAUAUUUUCGUGGACGCCGUAGGCUACGUCUCAGAAAUGACGGCAAUUCGUCGGGUAGUCGAAAUGUACUGAACGACUACGUCGGUUGGUCGGUUGACCUUCGCUCCUCGUCGUCGUUCGCUUGCCGGUUCAUCUCAUCGCACUUUCGCAUUGGCGACCAAGGUUCAGUCACCAGUUUCGUCGGUCGGACCGAAAGGACACGAGAGGAUGAUCGCGUUUUCGCCCUAGUCGGUGUGAUGCGUCGUUGGUAG